AUGCUAGAAUUGCCUAACGAGCUGUUGGGGAGCCGAGUCCCUGGUGGUACGGGAUCUGAGCCGAGAUGGCGGCGCAUCUUCAAGCUAGAAGACUUGCCAUGGCUGGGAGCUCACCACAUACAGAAUCAGACCGUUAUUCCUACAGCUUUGUUUUGCGUCAUGGCCCUUGCGGCCGCGAUGGAUAUCAGCAAUGGCAAACAAGCAGACAGCAUCGAGCUCUCCGACAUUACCAUCGGGCGACCGAUUGUACUAGAAGCAUCUUCAGUGGAGAUUGAGACCUCGCUAUCUAUAAGCAGUCUUGUCGACUCUGGUAUCGAUGGAAUUGACACAGUCCAGGCAGACUUCAGUCUCAAUAAGAGCGCCCCGCAGGAUCCGAACACGGUCACGGUAGCCAAGGGAAGGUUACGCAUGACUUUUGCGGACCACGAGUUAGGGUUGUUUUCCUCCUCCAGACCAUCCAAGCCGUGCGGGUUGAGACCUGUGAACAUCAAUCAAUUUUACGAUUCCCUGAGAGACAUUGGCCUGAGCUAUGGUGGACCUUUCAGAGCUUUGACUUCUGCUGAGAGGCGUAUGGAUUAUGCAUGCGGUGUCGUCGCGCCGACGACCGGGGGAGCAUCAAGUAUAUCGGCUCUGCUUCACCCAGCCAUCCUGGAAGCUUGCUUCCAGACACUCUUACUUGCCUUUGCUGCCCCUCGGGAUGGUUCAUUAUGGACGGCAUUCGCACCUACAAAGAUCGGUCGUCUGACAUUGUUUCCAAAUUCAUGCUUCGGCCUCGAUACACCAGCCUCAGUAACUGUCGAUGCGCACCUACAGGAAUAUACUUCCGGGUAUGAAUCAGAGAUACCAAUAAUUUAUGGAGAUGUCAACGUCUACAGUUCAGACACUGCGCAAUUACAAUUCCGCCUCGAAAAUGUCACCAUAAGCCCCAUAACUCGCUCUACAGAAAGGCAAGACAGACAGCUGUACUUGAAAAAGAUAUGGCGACCAGACAUUCUCUCGGGGCCAGGGCUCAAGCAAGAGAACCAUAUCUCCAGUUACGAGCGCCUUGGCCUUUCGCAGGCUCACAAGUAUAUACUUGCGGCAAGCAGACUGAUCUCACAUCGCUACGCAAAGUUAAAAAUUCUCCAAGUUGGGACGUCAUGCAUCAACUUGGUUCAAGCUUUAUGUCAUGCGAUGGGAAAUUCCAUGGGCUCAUACACGAUUGCGGAUGCAUCGGACAGGGCCAUUGACGAUAUGAGGCGGGGCUUGAUGUCAGACGACCCAGCUAUCGAGUUCAUAGUUGUUGACAUUCUACGGGACGUUGGAAGGUUGGACGAAACCACCGCCCUUGGCCCAAUCGAUUUGAGCUCUUUCGACUUGAUAAUUCAUCUGAAGGCCACCUCAAAGGAGUUUGCUACAAUGAAAUCGAUCCGAGGUCUCUUAAAAUCAGGGGGUUUUCUACUGAUGACGAUGACGGUAAAAGAGGCCAUGCCGCUAGAAGCAACAGAAUUUGUCCGCAAAGAGAUACACGACACCUUGCAGAGCGUUGGGUUUUCGGGAGUUAGUUCAUUGGCAAAGGAUCAAGAACCGGAUUCGCCUUUUGUCAUCUUGUCACAGGCCGUCGAUGAUCAAGUCAACUUUCUCACAAGUCCACUAAACUCGAAACCGCCCUUUACUACCAGCGGAACACUUCUUGUUAUAGGUGGCGUCACGCAAGAGAUUAAACAAUUCAUUGAGGCCAUCCAGAGCAGAUUGGGAUGUGUCUGGGACGGAGAAAUCAUGCUAAUUAGGUCCCUGACCGACUUGAAGAGCCGAGACCUUGACCAAGUGGAAGCUGUGCUUAGCUUGACCGAGUUGGAUCAGUCAGUACUGGAAAGUCUCAGUCGUGAUACCUUUCAAGGCCUGCAUCAACUGCUGAACGGGUCCAAGACAGUCUUGUGGGUCACUUAUAGCGCCGAAAAUCUAAACCCGCACCAAAGCGGUACAAUUGGACUUGUGCGAGCCGUCCAAGCUGAAAAUCCGGACAAGGUUCUGCAGGUCCUCAAUUUGGAUCAAAUUGAUGGCAGCCAGACCCUCGUCGCGGAGAGCUUCCUUCGGCUCAUCGGGGCCGUUAGGAUGAGAGACGAUAGCUCAAAUAGGUUGUGGACGGUCGAACCGGAGCUGUCCGUCCAACGGGGGAAACUUCUCAUCCCGAGGGUGCUUUUCGACAAGAAGCGCAACGAUCGUCUCAACUGUUCAAGGCGGAGAGUGGAGGCUUCAGAUCCCUUUGAGAAGCAGUCUGGAACCCUUGUCCGUCCUAUUGAUCCUUCGGGUCUUUUCUCGCCGGACAAGACGUAUGUUCUUAUUGGCCUUAGCGGUCAGAUCGGCCAGUCUAUCACCAGAUGGAUUGUCGGGAGUGGUGGACGUCACAUUGUGAUCACAAGCCGGAAUCCCGACAAGGACGGACUCUGGAUAAAAGAGCUGGAAAAGCAAGGCGCCAAUGUUGUGAUCAAGGCAGCAGAUGUUACCAAGAAUCAAGACAUGAUCAACCUCCGCAACCACAUUCUUAGCACUAUGCCCCCUAUCGGAGGUGUGGCAAACGGCGCAAUGCUUCAGUCGAAUUGUUUCUUUUCCGAUCUAACGUACGACGACCUACAGGAAGUACUGAGGCCAAAGGUGGACGGGUCUCUGGUCCUGAAUGAGGUCUUCUCCAGGGAUGAUCUUGACUUUUUUCUGCUGUUAUCGUCCAUCUCGGCUGUGGUUGGGCAGCCAUUCCAAGCCAACUACGAUGCUGCUAAUAAUUUUAUGACCGGUUUGGUGUCCCAGAGACGAGCCCGCAACCUGCCUGCCUCGGUGAUCAACCUUGGCCCGAUCAUAGGGCUCGGUUUCAUCCAGAAUAUUGAUAGCAGUGGAGGUUCGGAGGCGGUGAUUUCUACGUUGAGAGGUCUGGAUUAUAUGCUUGUCUCCGACCGUGAGCUUCAUCACAUAUUGGCCGAAGCAAUCCUCAUUGGAAAGAGCGAUGAGACUCCGGAGAUUAUUACUGGGCUAGAAACCGUCUCCGACAAUCCCCCACCGUUCUGGCACAAGAGCUUGCUCUUUUCACAUAUUAUAUAG